GUUCGAUUUGGCUUGUUAGUGUAAACAGUCACUUAAAUAGUGUGUUUGUGGCAGAUCAAAUAUUUUUUUCUGGCAAAUUGUAAAUUUUGUGACCGUCGCAGUUUCGUAUUAUUUUUUGACCAUAAAAAUGAGUGAUGCACCAGGUGAUGGCCCAACUGAACAGGCCGUGAACGCUGUCGAAGCUUAUGAAGCCAAUAAAGCAUCCAAAUGCAUUCGUGUGCUAACUGUCUGUGCGUAUUUGAUUUGUGUAUCAUUGGCCGCAAUCGUACUAUCGACAUAUUAUAUAUUCAUAUGGGAGCCAAAACGACAAGAUCCAUCAAUAAACACAUCCUCACAUGGAUCUGGCGGUCCGCAUCGAAAGCAUUAAUUAAUCAUUGCAUUCUCCUUCAUAUUUUAUUAUUUCUACACUUGAUUUUAAUCAAAAAGUGACGAUUUUUAUCUUCAACUAUAAAUGUGAAAGUAAUUGGGCAGAUUGACAGGAAGAACCUAACGCUGACGACGACCAUAUAGGGUCAACGAAAAAAAAAAUAGAUUCCAUCGGACAACAAAUCGAUGGAAACAUAUCAAACAAAAAACCAAAAAAAUUGCACAAAACCACUGAAAAUGACAAGCAUCGAAGAAACAAUACAGUUGGCGCGACUACAACAAGCGGCUAAUUCAUCAUCACUAUACGAACGUAAACCAAAUCAAAAAGCAUUAAAAGUGCUUACGGUGGCCGCGUACAUACUUUUUGUUUCGAUGGCUGCAAUCAUCCUAUCAUUUUACUAUGUCUUCAUUUGGGAUCCAACAACGAAAACAAUGGCUCCACGUCCAACAACCAAUUGCGAAACUGCGAAAAAAAUUGUCAUUCCAGAGAGUAUUGCCAUUAAAUUGGCAAACACAUCCGAAGUAUCAGCUGAAUACUUUUUCCGUGAUAUCUAUCGACGAUAUCAAAUGUAUCAAAAACAAGAGCGUCGUGAUCGUCAAAAAUUACCGAAACGAAUGCGAGUGAAGAAGCCACCAAAUACCGAAUUGGUGUCAAUUCGAGACCAAAAAAUAAUCGAUUCAAUUCGAUCGACAAUUCCAACAAAUGAAAUGAGUUCGAUAGCAAGAAGUACAGCGAACCCAUUGGAUAGCACGCCAUCAUCGAAUUCAAAGCAUAGCAUUAUCGAAGAACAAAGUUAUGCGGAUGACGAAGAUUUGGAGAACGGUUUAGAAGCCAGCGGUCUGAAUCGAAUAAGAAACGAGACGUCGAACGCUUACAAUUUGGAUGACAUAAAUGAAGCUGAUAAUUGAUUUCCUCCACCAUUCAGCACCGUAUUGACAACGUUCCAUGCACAAGACGAUAAACUUUAUUUCGCUAAUAUAUGAAUGAAAAAAAAAAUAGUUUUAAACAAAGAUAAACAAAAGGAAUCACAGUGGAAUUUUGUCGAUUGUCAAUUGUGGAUUUUUGUUCUAAGUUUUAAGUGAAAAUUGGUCCAAAAUUGGUCCAAUGAUAUGGUCUAUUAUUUAUGAAUUUCACUCAAUGACUAUACAUAU